GAGUCCGAACGUCCGAACCCUAGCCACUCCUCUGGCGCGUUGAUCGUUUGUGUGGCCUCACUGCUUUCCGGCGCAGUCCGUCUUAUCUGACGAUUGCGCGACCUAUGGCAGCGCGCCCAACAUGGCUGUUCCUUCGGUAUCCUUCGUCGCUGGUUUGCUUGUCCUAGCAUACCUGGGCUCGUUUGUCCUAUUCGCUUUCAUACGCGUCACAACCGGAGUCUCGAUACAAAGGAUUGGGUACACAGGCCUGCGUCGUAUAGCCUACGUCCCGCGUGAUGGCAUUAAGAUAGAGCUUCGCGGACUGGGCCUUAAUCUUCACCGACCGACAUUUGCUCAGCCGACAUGGCUCAGUGUCGUCCUUACAGAGCUCAAGAUCACAAUAGACCUCAAACAACUUGGAUCGAAACCCCCAAAACGCCCUGGCUGGGUUCACUGGCCUAACUCAUCCACAGACAAGCUGGGCGAAACUUCUACUCCAAUAUCAUCCGACUUCGACGAUGAUGGCACUGGGCAUAUUGAGACACCAAGAAGUCGGACAUGGGAGCGAUUGACCGAGACGAAAGAGAAGAUCAAGCGGUUACACAGGAAAAUACAGUGGAUAAAGCUGGUGGACUUGGUAACAACGAGCUCGGCUCUGGUCGUGGUUGAUGUCGGAUCGGUCCAGGUCAGUCACUUUACGAUGGCUGUGGACACUAGGCGCAAGACUGUCGAUCGGAGCCGACUCUUUCAGCACCGUAAGACGAAGACGGACGAGCGCAGACCGGCCGAAUGGAUCUUUACCGUGCGGAGCAUUCUGCUAAACCCUGAAGGCGGCGAAUCUGCCGAAAUCUUGGACCACUGUACCCUGAACGUGCAUGGUUUUCUUUACAAAGAACUGGACGGUCUUCGGGACGCCUCUAUAGCUUUGAAGCUGGGACGUCUGAACAUUCCCUCUGAUGAGAUUCAAACAGCUGUGGAGAGAAGCAAGCGAUGUAGAUCAUUACACCACCGCCGAAGAGGCACGAACGCUAGCGAAUCGGAUAUAUCCUUCUCAGAUGUGAUUGAAGAGUUGGACCAACCGGGUAGCCGCGAAGAGAAUAUUGUGCGCACCGUGUCCGACUCAAAGGAGUUUGUUGCCUCUAUACUUAGGGGAAUACAGGAGAUCCAGUUUGCCGUCAGCUAUCUAGGCCUUACUAAGCGCAUCCGGUCAGCAAAUGCUACAGAAACACCUGUAUGGCUCAACGUCUCCAUGAAGGAAGUCGGAUUGGACCUUGUGCGCCUUGACCAGAAAAGCCCGGCCCAUCUACAGUACUUCUCACGCAAUGAUGUAGCUCAUCAAGCACUUCUUGCGGCCAUUGCCGUCUCAGUAGGAAUUGACGAUGGGCGCGAGGAUCAUGAAAGGUUGCUAUAUAUUCCGAUGGCCACCGCCACUGUUAAGACGACUUUGCCCUCAAAGACCAUCCAAUAUCAGCGUGAGAAGAAUGUUGCUGAGAGAAACGCCAACAUUCUCUAUGCUAACCUGGUUGCCACAUCGCCAUCCCUAGACCUCGACCCCAAGCACCUUCCACUCGUUCUUGAUCUUCUCCAGGGCCGUGAGAAGUCUUCUGUGAUACGGCCCUCGAGGCAAACCAAACGACACUUAAUUUCUAAACUUCUCCCGAAAGCCAGUAUCAAGGUCUCCGUUCAUGAACCUGUUGUGCGAGUUACUCUUCCUCCAAUGGAGAAGGAGAAGCAGGGAACUGACGAAUUUGAUCUGUUGAUAUCAGCCAUGUCGAACAUUUCACUUGACGUUGAAUCCUCACAUUCUGCGGGCGGAGAAUUGCAUUAUUCGCUUGCAUCCGACUUUCGUGUCCAAUCCCACCAGCUGUAUUACCAGACUGCAUCCAGUGAGAAGCACAACCUCCUGCUCACUGAAAGCUUAGAGAUUAAAGUACAGGUGAGCGCCUCACCUGAAGUGGCAGUGAUCGCGUCCGGCGACUUGCAGACUUUCUCCAUUUAUAUGGUCCGACCAGAAAUCGCCGAAGGUAUCAGGCAGAUUGUCGUGCAAUUGCGAAGCGAAACGUCCCCUAUGCGACGCUAUCAUACUCAUAUGUCCUCCAAAGUAAGCUUUUUGCGACGGUUACCUUCCUGGCUACAGCACUUUUCUCUCACUGGAUCAGACUUCAGCGCCGAAGUUGCAGGAAUAGAUCCGCAAGUCUCCGAUACUCCGAAAGGCGUCGCGGUACAUUUAGACUCGUGGAACGCAGAGUAUAAAGCAAAUCGGGAAGAGCAGCCUGAACGACAGCAUACAAGGAGGCGAGCUGCGUCGAGGACCUUUCAGCGCGAAGAUUAUCUGAAGCCGUCUACGCCACCGGCUUCUCCUAUGAGGAAGCUUACUAAUGCAAGCGACGGACGACGGCUUGCAUUCCAUGUUCAAGGUCUUGAGGGCUUCGUCGUCGAGUCGGCUGACACCUGGGAACCGGAACCAUUCCUUGGACUGCCACGUUUCGAAGUUGCCUUCUCAACGUCUAGUGAUAACUCAGGGCCAAUAUUCCAUGUGAAUACAUUCGCCAAAAGUUUGUUCUUCCACUAUUCUAUGUAUCGCCAUUUCUGUAUCGGCGUGGCUACGCUUGUACUUCGCAAAGCAUUUAAACCUCCUAUCAAGACGCCAACCCAGACUAGAUCUGGUCGCAGCCUUGGUGUGCCAGAUAUCGAAGUUGACGAGCUUGGAGAAUUGAGUAGUGGGAAACCAGAGCUUACUACUAUCGAUAUCAAGGCUGCGUUUGUACAGAUCAAGGCCACCAUGCCUAACGAUCCCCUACUCAUGAUCCAAAUCCAAGACUUGGAGAGCGGGAGACAUCGUUGGGCCCCACCAUUCUUCCGCGCACGUCUCACACGACUGUAUGCCGAUACACCGAGAAUGCCGGGCGUAUGGAGUCGCGUAGUCAGUAUUAAAGGCGCACGGGUAGACCUGCGCAAGUCUCGCCACAAGCCGUCGGGAGGCCAUACAGUCGAGGAAAGAUCGAUCGACGUAGCUACUGAUGCCGUCCGGCUUGCGGUACCUCAUCAGUUGGUAAUACACAAGAUUUUCGAUAACUUCGCCAAUUUGACAAAAACAGUGCAGCAGCUACACCACCGCUUUCACACUGGAACAGACGAAUACAUCCUGGACAAGGAGCCUGAGAAACCAAAAAAUGUCCCCAAGAUUUCUUUCAGAAGCCAAGCUGUGCUUUUUGAAAUUGAAGAUGGUUCGUUUGAGUGGAAAUUGGGUGUCAUAUACCGUCUAGGCCUACUCGAACAAAAGCAGAGACUAGCUCGAGAGGAAGCUUUCCGACUCAAAGUGAAGAAGCUCGAAGAGCUUAAUAAGACUCGUGGAUCAACGUCGCAUAAAGUGCGCGCCAAGUCAACGCACGAGGGUCGCAGUCGAAUUAAGAAGAAGCGCACAUCAGCGAAAGGGAGAAGCAAAAGCGAGCAUGUCUCAGACGAGGAUACACUGUCGCCCAACCGCAAGACUCGUGAAAUGCGUUAUGACAUGGAAGGCAAAGCCAAUGUGUCUGCAUCAACACAAAUGGACAUUGAGGAAGCCCGUGAGAGACUUCAGAAGCUCAAUGCGCAAACUUGGAAGAAGAGGAUCGAUCACGGGCUGGACACGCAAUCUCGGACGAUGAAGGACAUCCGAUCUAUAUUCUGGGGCCUAGAUGAGAUGCCUGAUGAUGAUACUCAGCAAAAAGAGGUCAUCAUGGCGAUUCCUCAAAGACCUGCCUUGAUGGGCAUGCUUGUGAGCGAUUUCAGUCUGGUCAUCGAUAAGCCGUCCUUUCCAGUUUCACAGUAUUCGACCUUCUUACAUCGCAUUGGUAAAGGCAUGCCAUUCGACCAAAAGUACUCGUUGCUCAUUCCUAUGAAUGUUCAGGUCAACAUGGGCGAAGUCAGAGUGACCCUUCGAGAUUAUCCACUUCCAUUGCUUCAUGUACCUGCCAUUAGAUCAGGACAAUCGCCGCGCUUGCCAAGUCUGUCUCUGAGAACAGACUUUGUGAUUGGGGAAGAAUUUCAAGAUCAUGAAUCCAUGCGAUAUGUGCACGUUGUGGUAGUCCCAGCUCAAACAGACGACACUGGAAAGGCUGCCAAAGGGUUUUCAGUCAGAGUUCCACGUACUGUCUCUCCUGUCAAGACAUAUUCCGACAUGAGCGUCGAUGUCAAUACGAGCUAUCCGACCCGGUUUACUUGGGGAACAUCGUAUCAACCAGCUAUUCAGGACAUGAUGCAAGUCAUUGAAAGCUUCACCAAGCCGGCUAUAGACCCAUCGGAAAGGGUCGGGUUCUGGGACAAAAUCCGUCUCACCUUCCAUUCACGCAUCAAUGUACACUGGAAGGGCGACGGGGAUGUCCACCUAAUCCUGAAAGGUUCACGCGAUCCAUACAUGGUCACAGGACAUGGUGCUGGUUUUGUUAUGUGUUGGCGAAAUGACGUUCGAUGGAGCCUGUGUCGCCAUGAUGAUCCGAAGAAGUUCAUGACCGUCGACAGUGGUAACUACGUGCUCGCAAUUCCAGAUCUAGGUCACUACGCCCGUAUUCUAGCCGAUCCCGAAAUCUCAGACGCCGAUAGUGUUCAUAGUGGGCUCAGCAACCGGCACCAAGCAUCCUUCAAGAAGACCAUCAUGAAGCUCUCUGGCCGAGUUCAGUGGCUUGCCGGUCUCGUGUUCGAACGUAACCUCGAGAGAGCCUCAAAUCGGUCAUUCGAAUUCAUUCCUCAUUACAAAGUGGUCCUGAAGAAUCCGGAGUUUGCGAAAUGUGCUAAUAACAAGGUUUAUGAUGCAUUUCGUGGAUUUAGGAGCAACCAUAUCCAUCUUUCGAUAGCAGUGUCAGCACCCCACGAUCGAGAUUGGUCUGUGGCUAAUCUGAAACCUUCGAGCAACUACAACAGCGUUCACCUUACACCACGCUUCUUCAGCCAUUUUUUCAACUGGUGGUCGAUGUUCUCUGGUGCUAUGUCCUUGCCAAUUCGGCAGGGCAAGCUUUGGCCCGGGGUUGAAAAGUCGAGCAAAAAAUUUGGGAGACAUCUUGCUACGAUCAAAUACAACUUGCUAUUGUCGCCCCUCUUCAUGAGCCACAUCUACAAACAUAAAGAUAACGAAGGGACCGAUAAUGGCGCUAUCUCUGCCACAGGACUAAAGGUCAGACUAGACAGCUUCAUGCUCGAUCUCCACCAGCGACGAGAAGAGUUCAAGACCCUGGUACAAGGACCGAAAGCGUCAGGAAAUGACAAGUCGAACCAAACCACAGGUAUGCGGAUCAACGAAGCUCAGCUAGACUUCAUCGCAGCAGAUAUUAGAGCGAUAUCUGCGCUUGUUAACGCUCCGAACUCCAACGAUCUCGACGAGGCCACAGACGAAAUGCUAGCCUCUUACCAAACGGAUGGCGCCACGUCGCCUGUGGACCUCAGUAAUUUCACGAUACCUGAUAAGGACCUCAAAUGGAUUGACAUGGAUGAUUUCGUGGAGCUAGAUUGGGUACUCCCUACGGAGGCCGUGCCACAAACGCAAAUACUCCCUCUGGCUUUCGCGCCACGAUUUACAUACUUCCGGCAAACAGACCACCAGGGCCAUAUUUCGGGGGAUCCCAGUCGACACAGCCAUUUUGGGAAAGAACCAACGCACUUUUGUGUAAUGUCCGCAAGAAAUGACCCUCGGAGAGUUCAACGUGACCUAAUCGAAGAGCGAUUAGCGAGAGUCAUUGAACAGCUUGAUCAUAACAAUCGCGAGAUUGGAGAGCAAGAGCUCUUAAUUGUCAGAGAGUCGAAUCCGAAAGAAGAACUGCACGAACGCCUACGUAUCUUGCAGAGGCACUCUGAUGCACUUAGGCGCAAGCAGGUAUUUCUCCAAUCAGCGUAUGAUACACUUGACAUGCGACUGAAGACUGGUGACCGACGCGCCGUCCCGGAUACAGGCGAAGCUGCAGACGACGAAUACUUCGAGGCCCGAGAAGACACCUCUGACGCACACGAUCCUGACGUGAAGGGCUUGGAUUCUACGCCGUUCGCAGAUUAUAUCAGUGACUUCAACAAUCGUUUCAUUGUUCACAAUGUUCAGCUGAAGUGGAACAAUUCUCUGCGUAACAUCAUUCUACGUUACAUCCACGAAGUCAGUCAGCGGAGAGGUUUUGUUUAUUACAUGUCCAGAAAAGCUGUCAAAUUUAUCCUAGACAUUGUAGAAGAACAAGGGACCUCACAAUAUCCCACCACGAACGGUCGCGAAGGUACUUCGUCAGCAGAGGGGUCAGUUCCGAUGUCUCCAAUGAGCGAAAAUCCUGAUAUUGAAGAUCGAAUUCAACAGCUUAUCGAUGACGCCAAAAAGUUUGUUAAAGCAGAAGACGCUGAAAAGAGUGAGAAAAAUGAGGACUAUGCAGAUCCUGCAAGUAAAGAUAUCGCAAUGGAGUUCACAGCCCAAAAUUCGUACCACCUACGUCUGAUCGCGCCACAAAUCCAAUUACAGAGCGAGAAGAACAAGAACGCUGCUGUGCUUGUUGCUGCCAAGGGUAUGCAAUUGAAGGUCAUCUCCAUCAUGGACAAAGAGCGUGUGAGCGACUCGGUCAGCGGCCUUGUCCAGCGGAGGUUCACGGCAGCGAUGGACUCACUGCAGAUGUUUGUGACAAACAGCAAGACAUUUUCCACCGACUAUCUCCACAUGUAUUCUGGUAACCGCUAUGGCGCUCCUUACGGAUCAUCGUGGCCGCCGUGGGUACCAUUCGAGGUUAUGUUCGAAUUUGAACUCAAUCCUUAUGGAUUUCAAAGGGUUGUCAAGAGGACCUCGGCGAGCCUGCGCUUCGAUAAAUACAACACUUUACGUCUCAAGUACAAUGACGAUGUUACCGGUGGUGACAAGAAGAGACGGUCUGUGGUGGAUUCGGCAGAAAAUCGCAUGGACCAUCUGUGGAUUGACUUUCCACAUCUCAGAGCUAUUUGCGACUCUGCACAAUACUACUCUUUAUAUAUUAUCGUUCUGGAUCUACUUUUGUACAGCGAGCCUUUGGAGAAGACGCGGAACGAGCGGCUCGAGAAGAUCAUACUCGCGUCCGAUUUCAGCAACCUGUCGGGGGCUCCAGAAAUGGUAGUCAUGCUCCAGGAGCGCAUUCGUCAACUAGAAGAAAUCAAGACGCAUUUCCAGGUCAACGAAAAAUAUCUUGAUCGCCAAGGAUGGAGAGACCGGCUCGCGAUGGAGCAAGACUUGGCUUCUUGUGAAGACGAGCUGUUCUUCAUGAUGAAAGCUAUUACCACGUCACAGCGACGUAUGGACGACAGAGCAAAGGCAUCAGAAUCGGAGGGUAUUCUUCGAUGGUAUAUUGCCGCGUCUGAGAUUGUAUGGCACCUGGUGCGUGAGGGCAAUGAGCCUCUCGCCGAAUUUCAACUGAAGGAUGCCUCCUUUGAUCGCACUAAUAAUAACGAUGGGUCAAAUAACAACACGGUGGAGAUUGGUCGUGUGCAGGGUCUAAAUCUCUUGCCGAACGCUUUGUAUCCUGAAAUGAUAUCUCCGUUUAUUGAAGAGGAAGGACGGGCAUUUGCGGAGGGUCGCGAGGCCAGAAUGCUUCGAGUAAACUGGUUGAUGCUGGAGCCUAUUGCUGGCAUACCUGUCGUCAACCACUUUGAAGUCAACCUCUUCCCGCUAAAGGUCCAGCUAGAAAAGGAAAUUGGUCUCAAGUUGUUCGAAUACGUCUUCCCCAAGCAAGGGAAAAAGGGAGCUGAGCACACCAAUUCUUCUCCCUUCUUGGUCCGUAGCAUGUUGCCAUCACAAGAAGAGGAGGACGAGGACGAGCAGUCUGGGGAGCCUAGCAAUAGACACGUGCCGGAUAUCCCGACAAUCGAAGAACCACCGGAAGAUGAUGCUUUGGGCGCUGGAUCUUUAGAAUUAAGACUUCAGCCUACGCUCAAUCUUUCACAGUCUAGGACGCGGUCAACACAGAGUAGUGCCCAGUCACAUCGGGAUAGACUACACGGCCUUGGACUUUUCCGAGACUCUACGGGUAGUAGUAGAGGAUCGAUUUUCCGCAAGCAUGACGUUUCUACGGACACACUCACUACUCAUUCCACUCGUCCACCGAGCGCUCGGUCACCCUCAGUAAUGUCGUCAAGUGGGCAGCCAUCGCACUCCAAUUCUCUUGAUGGCAAUAGACCAAACAAAUUUCGACUUACGCGUGUAAACAGCAGUACAGCUUCGACCAGUACCAGCGCAACUAAGAAAGAGACUCGCUCUGAUGACCUUACGCAGAUGAUGUCUCGUGCAUCGAACUACAUGACUUUGGCAUAUGUAAAGAUCCCAAGCCUGGUACUUUGUUUGUCUUAUAAGGGCAAAGGUCAGCGCAAUGUCGAGGAUGUACAUAAUCUCGUGUUCCGCAUGCCAACUCUCGAGUAUCGGAACAAGACAUGGUCAAACCUCGACCUAGCCUUGCAACUAAAGAAGGACGUUACUCGGGCGCUCAUAAGCCAUACUGGCGCCAUCAUCGGGAACAAGUUUAGCCAUCACCGCCCCAGCAAGUUGCAACAGAGCAAGCUCCGCCAGAUCGCCAAUAGCAGCGCUUUACUCUCCUCCGCCGCUGUCCAGCAAGCCCAAGACUGUGCGACAGGCCAACCCACAUCCGGCAGCCCGUACUCAUCCACACCAGCCAAUGCAUCCGACACCUCACUGUCCGAUCCGUCCGGCCCGCCACGCAAAUCCUUCACUUCAGGUCGCUCAGGUCGCGGCUCGGUUAUCUCUCAGCCAGCUAGCAGCUACGCAUCAUCCAUGCACUCAGCCUGGGUACCUGGCGAGCACAUUCCCGGCGAGGAAGAGUUUCAAGGUGAAGCAGUCAAGUUCGCCGAGGAGCUUGGCCGCGUGGAUCCCAUGGAGCCGGAGACGGUACGACACACGCUCAGCAGACACCUGACAACUUUAAGCCAGCGGACGCAUAAUGCAAUCGGUGAGAAGAUUAGUGGGUUAAGUCCACUGGGCAACAAGCACGAUGGCGUCAAUGGAAGGAGGCCAAGCACGGCGGGCCAUGAUGGCACGGAGGACGAUGAUUCGAAGAGCACGAGGAGGAAAAGUAAGAUGCUACUGGGCAAGAAGCUUUUGGACAGGUUGCCGGGGCACAAGGAUUAGGACUUAUUUUCCCUUAGCGGAGUGACUAUUACUCCGCGUAAAGGAGGAGGGGAAAGAAAGAGCACAGGGAAGCAGAGAAGGAGUCGAUCGUUUUGAUGUUUUUGAUUUGUAAUGCAUAUAGGACAGGUGGAACAGUGAAGGGAGCAUUUAGAGCGGGUUCAGCAUGUGUGGCGUCAGGGAUUG